CCCGCCGCCUCAGCUCCCCGCCGGGCCGAUGCGGGUCGCGGGGCUGAGGGGAGCGAGGUAGGCUUCGCCUGCGCCGCCACCGCCCGGCCCUGGCCCGGCCGGGAACGCGGCCCCAGCCCCCCCCCCCCCCUCCCCACCCCGGGCGCGAUCCGGCCUGGUCAUCCGCGGGGCGCGGCCAAGCGGGCCAUGGCUGACCGCGGGUGUGCGCUGGAGGCGGUGCCGCUGCCCGCCGAGGUGCGGGAGAGCCUGGCGGAGCUGGAGCUGGAGCUGUCGGAAGGUGACAUCACUCAAAAAGGGUAUGAAAAGAAACGGGCAAAACUGCUUGCACGCUAUAUCCCGCUUAUUCAAGGAGUAGAUCCAUCCCUACAAGCCGAGAAUAGGAUCCCAGGUCCCUCACAAACCACAGCUGCAGCGCCCAAACAGCAGAAGCCACGGCCUACCAACUCACGGGACGAGCGCUUCCGGUCAGAUGUUCACACUGAAGCGGUGCAAGCAGCUUUGGCCAAAUACAAGGAGAGGAAGAUGCCUAUGCCUUCAAAAAGACGUUCGGUUCUUGUCCACUCGUCAGUGGAGACGUACACACCUCCAGACACGUCAUCUGCCUCAGAAGAUGAGGGCUCUUUACGGCGACCCGGGCGACUUACCUCCACUCCGCUCCAGAGCCAUUCCAACGUCGAGCCCUGGCUCGACCGGGUCAUUCAGGGCUCGUCCACCUCAUCCUCUGCAUCCUCCACCUCAUCUCACCCGGGAGGGAGACCCGCCGCUGCUCCCAGUGCCGCCGCCGCCACGCUCACAGGCCCCGUGGCCCACGCCCACAUAGAUCUGCACUCUGCCCCUCCUGAUGUCACCACGGGUCUUGUGGAGCUUCCGCACUGUGAGCGUCCGCAGCUGGCUUCUGUGAGAGGCGUCCCUCGGGGCUACAGCGGCAGCGUCCUGGAAACUGCGGGUGGUGUCCCUGUGAACAGCAGAGUAUCCUCCAAAAUCCAGCAGCUUCUCAAUACCCUGAAGAGGCCAAAGCGCCCUCCGCUGAAGGAGUUCUUUGUGGAUGAUUUUGAGGAGCUGUUGGAAGUGCAGCAACCAGAUCCAAAUCAGCCAAAGCCUGAGGGAAGCCAGACGGCAGUGCUGAAAGGGGAGCCCCUGGCCGUGGGGACCGCCUGGCCACCGUCCCUGCUGGCUGCCUUGCAGCGCUGGGGCACGACACAGCCCAAAGCCCCCUGUCUGACUGCCUUGGACACAGCUGGGAAGGCCAUCUACACCCUUACCUAUGGCAAACUUUGGAGUCGGAGUUUAAAACUAGCUUAUACUCUACUUAAUAAACUGACUAGUAAGAAUGAACCACUACUUAAACCUGGAGACAGACAGGACCACGUACAGAAAGGAGCCUCUGAGCUUCCAAGGGGAACAGGAGUGAGCCGCAGAGCAGGGCAGCCCAGGAGGACGGAGGUCCCAGGAUUGGGGCUUGCUCCUGAGCAUCUGGUGGCCCUGGUGUUUCCGAACAGUGACCCUGUGAUGUUCAUGGUGGGGUUUUAUGGCUGUCUCCUGGCAGAGCUGGUUCCUGUCCCCAUAGAAGUGCCGCUAACAAGAAAGGACGCCGGCAGCCAGCAGGUUGGGUUUCUGCUGGGAAGCUGUGGCGUUGCCCUGGCCCUGACCACGGAUGCUUGUCAGAAAGGCCUGCCCAAGGCACAGACCGGAGAGGUGGCAGCUUUCAAAGGUUGGCCCCCUCUCGCCUGGUUGGUGAUCGAUGGGAAGCAUCUGACCAAGCCCCCGAAAGACUGGCAUCCACCGGCCCGGGAUGCAGGGGCCGGGACUGCCUACAUCGAGUAUAAAACAAGCAAAGAAGGCAGCACAGUGGGGGUCACGGUGUCCCACGCAUCCCUGCUGGCACAAUGCCGGGCUCUGACCCAGGCUUGCGGCUACUCGGAAGCUGAAACAUUAACAAAUGUGCUGGAUUUCAAAAGGGAUGCUGGUCUGUGGCAUGGAGUGUUAACAAGUGUUAUGAAUAGGAUGCACGUGGUCAGCAUCCCGUACGCACUGAUGAAAGUGAACCCACUGUCCUGGAUUCAGAAAGUGUGUUCGUAUAAAGCCCGGGCCGCGCUGGUGAAAUCCCGAGACAUGCACUGGUCUCUCCUAGCUCAGCGAGGACAGAGGGACGUCAGCCUCAGCUCGCUGCGCAUGCUGAUCGUGGCUGAUGGCGCAAACCCCUGGUCCAUAUCCUCCUGUGAUGCGUUCCUCAAUGUCUUCCAGUCUAGAGGGCUGAGGCCAGAGGUCAUCUGUCCUUGCGCCAGUUCUCCUGAGGCGCUGACGGUCGCCAUCCGCAGGCCACCAGACCUGGGAGGACCUCCUCCACGAAAAGCUGUCCUGUCGAUGAGCGGUCUCAGUUUUGGCGUGAUCAGAGUUGAUACUGAAGAGAAGUUGUCAGUUCUUACUGUUCAGGACGUGGGUCAGGUGCUGCCUGGAGCUGAUGUGUGUGUUGUGAAGGUAGAAGGUACCCCUUAUCUCUGUAAAACUGAUGAGGUUGGAGAAAUAUGUGUCAAUUCCAGCGCAACUGGCACAGCGUACUAUGGUCUACUUGGAAUCACAAAGAGCGUCUUUGAGACUGUCCCGGUCACAGCAGGAGGAGCCCCCGUGUCUGACAGGCCUUUCACCAGGACAGGGCUGCUGGGCUUCAUCGGGCCUGAUAACCUGGUUUUUGUCGUGGGCAAGCUGGAUGGGCUAAUGGUGGUUGGAGUUCGUAGACACAACGCGGAUGACAUCGUGGCCACUGCGCUGGCUGUGGAGCCCAUGAAGUUUGUCUACAGAGGCAGGAUUGCCGUGUUCUCCGUGACGGUGCUGCACGAUGACCGGAUCGUGCUUGUGGCUGAGCAGCGGCCUGAUGCCUCCGAGGAGGACAGCUUCCAGUGGAUGAGUCGCGUGCUGCAGGCCAUCGACAGCAUCCACCAGGUGGGCGUGUACUGUCUGGCCCUGGUUCCUGCCAACACCUUGCCCAAGGCUCCCCUUGGAGGGAUUCAUAUUUCUGAAACCAAGCAGCGGUUUCUGGAGGGGAUGCUGCACCCGUGUAAUGUACUAAUGUGCCCUCACACCUGUGUCACCAACCUCCCCAAACCUCGCCAGAAACAACCAGAGGUUGGACCAGCCUCCAUGAUCGUGGGGAACCUGGUUGCUGGGAAGAGAAUCGCCCAGGCCUCAGGGAGGGAGCUGGCUCACCUGGAGGACAGUGACCAGGCGAGAAAGUUCCUGUUCCUGCCGGAUGUGCUGCAGUGGCGGGCGCACACCACCCCCGACCACCCGCUGUUCCUGCUGCUCAAUGCCAAGGGCACCGUCACCAGCACUGCAACCUGCGUCCAGCUGCACAAAAGGGCUGAAAGGGUUGCCGCCGCCCUGAUGGAGAAGGCACGACUGAGCGUCGGGGACCAUGUGGCUUUAGUCUACCCCCCAGGGGUGGACCUCAUUGCCGCCUUCUAUGGCUGCCUGUACUGCGGCUGUGUGCCUGUCACCGUGCGGCCUCCGCACCCCCAGAACCUGGCCACCACGCUUCCCACCGUCAAGAUGAUCGUAGAGGUCAGCAAGUCUGCUUGUGUCCUCACUACACAGGCCAUCAUGCGGCUGCUCAAGUCCAAAGAUGCAGCGGCUGCCGUGGACGUCAGGACCUGGCCGACCAUUCUAGAUACAGAUGACAUACCAAAAAAGAAGGUGGCUAGCAUUUUCAGGCCACCGUCCCCAGACCUGCUCGCAUACUUGGAUUUCAGCGUGUCGACUACAGGGAUAUUAGCAGGUGUGAAGAUGUCGCACGCAGCCACAAGUGCCUUGUGCCGCUCCAUAAAGCUACAGUGUGAGCUGUACCCCUCGAGGCAGAUCGCCAUCUGUCUUGACCCCUACUGCGGCCUUGGCUUCGCCCUGUGGUGUCUGUGCAGCGUCUAUUCCGGACACCAGUCAGUCCUGGUGCCCCCGCUGGAGCUGGAGAGCAACGUGUCCCUGUGGCUGUCAGCCGUCAGCCAGUACAAGGCCCGCGUCACCUUCUGCUCCUACUCCGUGAUGGAAAUGUGCACUAAGGGCCUGGGCGCGCAGACCGGUGUCCUCAGGACGAAGGGGGUGAACCUGUCCUGCGUGCGCACCUGCAUGGUGGUAGCUGAGGAGCGGCCCAGGAUCGCGCUCACACAGUCCUUCUCCAAGCUGUUCAAGGACCUGGGGCUGCCAGCGCGCGCCGUGAGCACCACGUUCGGGUGUAGGGUCAACGUGGCCAUCUGCCUCCAGGGCACGGCCGGCCCGGACCCCACCACCGUCUACGUGGACAUGAGGGCGCUGCGCCAUGACAGGGUACGUUUGGUAGAACGGGGUUCUCCGCACAGUCUGCCAUUGACGGAGUCUGGAAAGAUCCUCCCUGGGGUAAAAGUCAUUAUCGCGCACACGGAGACCAAAGGGCCCCUUGGAGACUCACACCUGGGAGAGAUCUGGGUGAGCAGCCCCCACAACGCCACCGGCUACUACACGGUCUAUGGGGAGGAGGCGCUCCACGCUGACCACUUCAGUGCCCGGCUGAGUUUUGGAGACACACAGACCAUUUGGGCAAGGACUGGCUACCUGGGUUUCCUUCGAAGAACAGAGCUCACUGACGCCAGUGGAGAGCGGCACGAUGCGCUGUACGUGGUCGGAUCUCUGGACGAGACGCUGGAGCUGAGAGGCAUGCGCUACCACCCCAUAGACAUCGAGACGUCUGUGGUUCGAGCCCACAGGAGCAUCGCCGAGUGUGCCGUGUUCACCUGGACCAACCUGCUGGUGGUGGUGGUGGAGCUGGAUGGGCUGGAGCAGGAUGCGCUGGACCUGGUGGCCCUGGUGACAAACGUCGUGCUGGAGGAGCAUCACCUGGUCGUGGGUGUGGUGGUCAUUGUGGACCCAGGUGUGAUCCCCAUCAACUCUCGGGGCGAGAAGCAGCGCAUGCACCUGCGUGAUGGCUUCCUGGCUGACCAGCUGGACCCCAUCUAUGUCGCCUACAAUAUGUGAGUGCCGCCUGUCGACCCCACGUUCCUGAGACAGGUGUGGUCCCCGGCCUCCUGGUGCGGGAGCCGGUCAGAGGUGUUGGGGCUUGUGAAGACACCACACUGUCUGCAGCCACCAGAAAAGACUCCAGUCUUCAUGGAAUGCUGUGCCCUCUGCUUUUACGGACCCGUCCCAAGGAUCCCCAAAUCUCAUUUCAGGAGCCACUUCCUGACUAUUUGAAGAAAUGUUUUCAUCUUCGAGGACCUUUGUCAGUCAGUAUUUGAAUAGGUGGGCGCCCGCGAGGGGGCCUGGAGUGGCUGCGGAAAGGGAUCACGAGCGCUCUGCUGUGCUGCGAGUUUGCACUUGUUUUAGGCUAAAAAUAUCAUUCUUGAUUUUAAAAAUUCACUUAUUUAUUCUCACUUCAAAUGACAACUUCAUGUAUAGAAUUCCUGCCAGAAAGAACUUGAGGCCCCUGGGGAGGAGCAGAGUGAUGGCGGGAGGCAGUCCUGGCCUGCCCUCCCCACUCUCAGACCCGAGGCCCCGCUGUGGCCACACGGCACCGCCUCUGCUGGUUUCAUUAUUGAAACAGGUGUGCCCAGUUGUCUGCAUUUGUUGUCACGAAUACUCAGUAAGUGCCAUUUGGGGCUGUCAGCUUAGACGCGUUGUUUGGGGAAGAUUAACCAGCAUUUAGUCUUAAACGACUGUCCCAGCUUUGUGACUUCAUGCUGUGCCAUUACAGUACCUGUUGUGGUAACUCCACAAUAUGAAUUCUCCUCGGUACAUGGAAUUGUGUUGAAUUGUUACUUUUAUUACAGUUCAACAGACUUGGAAGCGUUGGCGGCAGCGUCUGAGGCUUUCAGGUCGUUCGUGCUAUUUGCCGAGCGCCCUGCAUGCAGUCUGGGGGCUGCGGAGAGACCCCUGCCCGCCUGGCGUUCGCAGUUUCGAUUGUGUGCCUAUAAAACUUGGCCAAACCAUAUUCAGUUAUUUUAUUCAAACUUGAUGAAACUGAUGUAAUAUAGUAAACCUAAAUCAAAGAAGAGAAUGUAAAAUCCUUUAGAUACUUUUAAGAAUUUGAAGCAAAGCUCAAACCUUAAGACAGAUUAUUUUUAUAUAGCUAUUAAAGAGUGUGUUAUGAAGUUGUGGGGUUUGGGGGGGACUGAGGGUGGGAAAGUUUAUGAAUUAUGCAUGCUUCCUAGGAACAACCAGGCUUUUCAGGAAUUAGCCUGGAACAGUGCCUAACAAAGCUAUUAUUAAUUCUCUACCAUUUUAAAUUCACCACCAAAUGGGUCUGGCUAAGUGGGCGGACUCUCACAUCCUACUCAUAUUUGGCUACAAAUAGCACGUGCAUAGUAGUUCUGUUGCCUGUGGUGUUGAGCUGCGGCUAGUAUGUCACAGCAUACUGGAAUUCUAAUAACUCUAUUGUAAUUAUGUACAGAAUCUGUGUAACUUAUUGUCUGACAUACAGAGGUUCUAGCGGCGGACUAAUGGACAUUCCUUAGAACGGGAUGGCCAACGGGGAAAAACUACCUAACCCUAAUCUUAAUGUUGUAGUUUUAUAGCAAACAAAUACUGUAAAAUUUUUGUAUUGAAAGGUCAGUGGCAGUAAGACAAGGUGUCUUGUAAAUUCAGAUUUUAAGAAGCGCAUUAAAAUGUUUUAAAAGUACUCUCUGGGAAUUCUGUAUAUCACACUAAAAUUUUUUAUAUCAUUAUGUUAAUAAAAGGUAUUGACUAUUUGUAAUUCCGCACUUUGAAAUGUGUGAAAAUGUUUUUUAAAUUACCCCAUAUAGGAUGUAUUUUAUCAUGCGUUUUUUUUUUCUGAAUAUAAAAGCAUUUAUGCCGAUAGCAUAAAAUCUACAAAGCACAUUCACGUGUAAAGAAGAAAAUUAAGAUCUCCUAUCAUCCUACCUCUGAUUAAUCGCAGCAUUAGUGUUUAACAAAAAUCCUUUCAGGGCUUAAUUUUUUCUUUUUAAAGAUUUUUACAAAAUUAGGAUCAUAUGCUUUUAUAUUAGUUUUUGUACUUAAUAAAUUACAGACUUUUUAAUCUA